AUGAGCGAGGUUCUGAAACAACUGAAGGGAGUAGAAGAGUACUUCCAGGAUAUGGUAAGCACCGUGGACAUCAACGACAGAAAUUUGCAAAUUGCCGCUUUUCUAAUCGCUUUCAACCCCAUAUUUUGGAAUAUUGCGGCCCGCUUGGAGUACUACACAAAAUUCAUCACGAAGGUCACAGGCAGUGCUAAGAAAGGAUGUUACCUGUUGGCAGUGGUCAUCUUCGGUCUUGGGAUCUUCCGUGACAUGGCAUUUCAUAAGGCGUUAGCCUCGCAAGCUGUGACACCUGCUUUGAACCAAGACUACUUCAGAAUCAUUGGAUACCUGCUUAUUGGUAGUGGUCAGGUACUGGUGUGCUCUGCAUUUUAUCAGUUGGGUAUUACUGGUACAUAUCUAGGUGAUUAUUUCGGAAUCUUGAUGGACGACAUCGUCACUUCCUUCCCAUUUUCUGUUUCUAACAAUCCGAUGUAUCUGGGCUCAACUCUGUCAUUUUUAGGCUACUCUCUUUUAGAAGGUAAGUUUGCCGGUGUUCUCGUCAGUUGUUUUGUCAACAUGAUGUAUAGUUUUGCUACAUCCUUCGAGGAGCCUUUCACUGCAAAAAUCUAUUCCGAGAAGGAAGCCAAACAGAAGUAA